ACAAACCAUAAAAAUCCCCUUUAAAUUGUAAAUUUUAAUCUAACGGUCACAAGAUUUCCCUGUGACUGUCAUUUUGUAUAGCAGAAGGUAUGCCAGAUGAGUUGGCAUCCCCACGCCGAACAGCUGUUCACACCGGAAAACAACAACAAAAUACACAAAACAACAACAAACUAGUUUUAGAAAAACCAAAAACAAAAAUGUUACUAAAUAUUAAGUGCGCCCAGAAUGUGCUUAAGCUAAACUUUGGAAAGGCGGCAGCCAAUCUGCUUGCCAAUCGCCUCAAAUCGGGUUUAUCUCACGCCACUGCAGCAACAACAAACGCGAGGAGCCGGGUUAGCUCUCCACAAAUCUCAGUUCUGUAUUCGCCAGCAGCGAAAACAGCAGCAGCAGCAGCAACUGGUGGCAGUUCGGUUCUCCGGAGACUUUACGGCACUCAGAAGAAAGAAACCCCAGCGAAAAAGAGCAAAAUGGUGGUGCGACUAAACGAACAGGAGCGUGCUGAGAAGCUGCAGCCACUACUGGACUGCGGCUGGACCCUGGUCGAGGGCCGCGAUGCCAUCUUCAAGCAGUACGUCCUCAAGGAUUUUAACCAGGCCUUCGCCUUCAUGACUGGCGUUGCCCUGCUGGCCGAGAAGAUUAACCAUCAUCCCGAGUGGUUCAACGUCUACAACAAGGUGGACGUCACACUGUCCACACACGACGUUGGAGGCCUUAGUUCGCAGGACAUUCGCAUGGCCAACUACCUGGAGACCCAGGCCAAUUUGUUGAAAUAAAUGAAAUUGUUUGUUGAGUUA